UUUCCUUCAGUCGGUACAAUACUUAGAUCUGUGGUAUGUCAGUCUUUGCUUCAGUCGGUACAAUGCUUAGAUCUGUGGUAUGUCAGUCUUUCCUUCAGUCAGUAAAAAACUCAGAUCUAUGGUAUGUCAGUCUUUCCUUCAGUCGAUACAAUACUUGGAUCUAUGGUGCCAAACAAAUUUGUCGCAACAUUCAAGAUAUGAUUGGAUUCCAGCCAAACUAUUAUUUUGUUUUCUGUUGGAUAGUGGCGGCACCUCUUGUCAUUAUGGGAAUCUUUCUGUUUUCUGUACUGAAAUAUGAUGGCGUCACCUAUGCUAACAUAUACAAGUACCCCUGGUGGGGAGAGAUGAUUGGUUGGGGAAUGUCUGUGGCUGCAAUUGCAUGGAUUCCUUGUUACGCCAUCUAUUAUCUCUUGACGACUUCAGGGACCCUAAAAGAACGACUGAAAAAAGGUUUAAGCCCAGUUAUGGUACCAUCCCCUGUAAAAGAACUGAUCUCUGUUGGAACUGACGAAAAUGCCGAAGUUCAAGUUGCAGUUGUUUAUAAGGCAGAAGAAGAAAAGCCAUUCAAUCUCAACUAAAGCUAUGUGGUGGCGCUGUCAUAGCACGAAAUUUUCUUUCAAGUCACAUAUGUCUGUUCUUGAAGGCCAAAUUAAAAAAAAAAAGGAUCAUUCCCUGAAAUUUGAUAAACUAACAUUCGGUCUAUUUUUAUCCAUUGGUAAAUUUGGCGAAUUUAUUCAUCUUCUGUUUUAUUUUUUAUCCAUAUUAUUUGUUAGAAAUAUAAAAGACUAUUAACUAGAAAUAUACAGUUUGUAAUUUAUUAUAUUUGGAAGUUUAUUAAAGGUUUAUUUCUCUACUUUUCGAUACUAUAGGAGUUUCAACUAAGAUUUUAAAUAGUUACCCGACAGACAUAAUGUACAUAUUAUAAAUUAAUACCAUGGCUCACAAAGAAAGAAAGAACUGAAAAGUUCAGAUCUUGAAGAAAGAAUUUUCAUAAGUGAUUUCCGUCUUUAUAUUCCUUCUAGUUUCUUUUUUUUGCCGUCAGCAGAGGUAACCCAAACACAUUGGCCAAUUCUGAACAAACC